CUUCGAGAGCCGCGACCUGUAACAGCCAAUCGACCCACCCCGGCCAAUGGUGCGCCGCUACGUCACCAGGGGGCGGAGCGAGUCCAGCCAUCCGCCGAUCGACUCUCUCCCGCUCACAACACGCGGCGACGCUCGCCGAGCUGAGAUGUUGUUCUCUUCCUGCGACCGAUGGCAAGCUCGAGCAGCCCGUACCACCUCUCGUCUGCCGGCCUGGUGAGCUCGCUCGGCCAGCCAGACAGCCCCGGUGGCGGAAUGCAGGUCGCGACCUCGCAGUCGAUAGCCGCCUACGCCCGGGACGCCCCGGAGAUGAAGUACAUGCCGCCCCAGCACCACCAGAGCCACAACGGGCACCACGCGGCCCUCGCGCCCCAGCACCACUGGGUCAGCCUGCCGCCGCACAACGACGCGUGGUCGGCCGCCAUGCCCCCGCCCGGACUCCACUCGUCCGGCCAGGACGUGAAGCCGCCGGACCUGCACGCCGUGCACCACCGUCCGCCGCAGCACAUGGCGGCCUCGCACCCCUGGCACCACUCCCCGCUCGCCUCCUCGCCGCACAUGGCGGGCAUGGGCGGUGGCGGCGGCGCCUCCCAACACCACCUGCAGCACCAUUACGGCAUGAACGGCAUGCUGGGGGCGCAGCAGCUGCACCCGGCCAUGCGCGAGAUGCCCCAGCACCACCCGGAGCACCACCACCAUCACCACCACGAGGAGCCGCACCCCAUGGACCACCACCACCACCGGCACCCGGACGACUGCGGGCCGGGGCUGGGGGGACCCCUCGGCGGGCUGCCGGGCGAGGAGGCCCCCAGCUCCGAUGACCUGGAGCAGUUCGCCAAGCAGUUCAAGCAGCGGCGCAUCAAGCUGGGUUUCACGCAGGCCGACGUGGGGCUGGCCCUGGGCACCCUGUACGGCAACGUGUUCAGCCAGACCACCAUCUGCCGGUUCGAGGCGCUGCAGCUGAGCUUCAAGAACAUGUGCAAGCUGAAGCCGCUGCUGGCCAAGUGGCUCGAGGAGGCCGACUCGACGACGGGAUCGCCGACCUCGAUCGACAAGAUCGCGGCGCAGGGGCGCAAGCGGAAGAAGCGCACCAGCAUCGAGGUGUCCGUGAAGGGCGCCCUCGAGAACCACUUCCACAAGCAGCCCAAGCCCGCGGCCCAGGAGAUCGCGAGCCUCGCGGACAGCCUGCAGCUGGAGAAAGAAGUGGUGCGCGUGUGGUUCUGCAACCGGCGGCAGAAGGAGAAGCGCAUGACGCCGCCCAUGAACAAUAUGGGGAACCCCAUGGGGGGCGGCGGCGACGGCGGACUCAUGAUGGGCGGGAGCCCCCUGCACGCGCACAGCCCCAGCAACCUCAUGCAGUCGCCUCCUCCGCCCCCGCACUCCAUGGCCGCGGCCCACUGACCCGCGGCCGGGGCCGCGGACUCCGUCCAUCCCUACGACGACGAAAUCCCGCCCGACCGCGAGCCCCUGCCGCAUACACAGUUCUUCUUCUCGCUGCUGGGGCGCCCCCACGGACAGCAGGUGCCCUACAAGUGAACGAAUUACCUUCUCACGUGGACCCCCCACACACGGACCGCUCGAUCCCCUUCCUCUCUGGCAGAGGAGGGAAACGGGAGAGAUGCGACUUAUAAAACUCAAGAGUUGUUUCUUUUUUUGUGUGCCAAUCUGCGGUCCUCCUCUUAUAAUGAAUUGAAAGGAGUGGGGUCCAGUUUCGAUGAGAAAAGAGACCCCGAUCUCCCCUGUUAUCAGUGUGUGGCAUCAGAUCCGAAUUCCCAGCAUUCAAGUGCAAAGAGCAGAAAAACAAAGUUCCUUUUUCUACUGGCCAAGAACACUGCCAGAGCGUCUAUGAAAAUAAGUACAGAACAUGUCAGUCAACAAACGAUAUGUGUAUUUUUUUCUAAUCAUAAUUAUUUAAAAUUGCCUUCAACGUUCAUUGAAAACUCCGAGAAUAGCGUGGUUUGUUGUUUUGUUAUGAUUUUUCUUUUCCAUGAAGAGUUAUGAUUUGCCCUUCAGAUCUCAAAAUACUUUUCUCCAUUUUGUAACGUUUAUUAUUUUACUCAGGAUUCUCUUGAAUACCACCAUCGAGUUCUUAUGAAUUCCAUGUAGCCAGUUUCAGUCCCGUUGUUUCAUUCCAUUUGUAAUACAUUAUUUUUGCACUUUUGGAUAAGUACAAAGUGAUAAUGUUCCUUUGAACAUUAAUAAUUAAUCGUAUCAAUGUUGAAUUCGAUGGUGUCCUUCCUGUUCAUAUAUACUCUUCCAUUUAUUUUUCUCUUUAUCGGUUUUAACUUUGUAUGUAUAUUUUACAGAUUUCAAUAAUGAAAUACAGGGUUAGCAUAAAAGAAUAUCCUGGUUUUAAAAAUUUAUGUUUCAUAAAGUAUUAUGCAUAGCACUAUAAGUGAUACAAAAAAUAAAGAUAAACUGUGGAAGUUUUUUUUUUUUCACUCACAAAUGUUCGAUGUGUGUGCCC